UUAGUUUAAAAAUGACCCAGAAGGAUAAGAUGUUUAAUAUUUAGAUACAUUUGGUAAGUAAAGAGAACUGCAGAGUUUUGCAGAUCAUCUCAGGAGACUUUGAAGUGAAGAAGGAUUUGGGCUGAGACUCAGUACAAUAAGACAAUCAUCAGAUUUGGACUUAGUUUAAAAAUGACCCAGAAUGAUAAGAUGUUUAAUAUUUGGAUAAAUUUGUGUUUGAAUUGGAGCUGAAGAAACAUUGUUCAAUUUUGGGAACAUCUUCAAGGAUUUCAUCGAUGACGUUCCGAUGGAUGGAUGGAUGGAUGGAUGGGUGACAAGGAGGAGAAUAGGAAGUUGGGGAAAAUCGAUCGGGGGAUGAUGGCGCGCAGGACCUUCCCCAAACCGCUCGGAUCGAACGCACAGUGAGAAGCCCUCGCCCUGCAUCGCAACAGCGUUUUCAGCACAUUGAUUACGAGAAAGGAGUUGGGAGAGCCAUAAUAAUCUACCUACAAACAUCAAUCGAGAACAACAGCUUUUCUUUAUAUCUCUCUCUCUCAACCAUUUGCGAAACAAUCGACUUCCGGGUUUUUUAGGAAGUCGUUGUAGUUUAUCUUCUCUGGAUAAGGCGGCUGUGGUGGUGGUGGUGGGGAAUUUUUUAGAUAUGGUUUUGGGACCGUUUAAAGGGGGCCGCGAGGGUAAAACGGCCGCAAUGGUGGCGCGAACCCCGUCCACUUUCGAAAUUCGCACCGAUCUGUUUACGGUGGAGAACCGGAAGAUGUCGGACGGCGUCCAGACCCAACAAACAGCUGACUUCGAUGCUCUGGCCGUCAAGAAUUUCAGGGAGUAUUUGCGCAUUCCCAGCGUCCAUCCGAACAUCAAUUACGAUGAUUGCAUCAAGUUCCUCGAAGGACAAGCGAUUGGUAUGGGUCUUCCCUACAAGGUUUACCAUACAGCAGCCACCAAGCCUGUGUUUAUCAUGACCUGGGAGGGUACAGAACCGAAUGCGCCGAGCGUGAUGUUGAACAGCCACAUGGACGUUGUUCCCGUCUUCGAGGAGAACUGGACGCAUAAACCCUUCGGCGCAGAGAUGGACGCGGAUGGUAAGAUUUACGCCCGCGGCGCCCAAGACAUGAAGUGCGUCGGCAUCCAAUACCUGGAAACUAUCAGACGUCUGAAGACCACCGGAAUUCGUCUAAAGAGGACCAUCCAUUGCAUCUUCGUCCCCGACGAGGAGAUGGGCGGAAUCGAGGGUAUGCGUAGGUUCGUGAAGACGGACUUUUUCAAAUCUUUGAACGUCGGCUUCGCUUUGGACGAGGGCAUGACCAGUGAGACGGACGAAUUUCUCCUGUACUACGGAGAGAGAACAGUUUGGACCGUAGUGUUCAGGUGUCCGGGACAAACGGGACACGGAUCUCUGUUGCUCGAUAAUACAGCCGCAGAGAAGAUGCGACACCUUCUCGACCGGAUCUACGAUUUUCGCGAGAAGGAGAAGCAAAAGUUGGAGAACAAUCCGGAGAUGACCAUCGGCGAUGUCACGACCGUAAAUGUCACCAUCAUGCAGGGUGGAGUACAAUCAAACGUGCUUCCUGCAGAGUUCGUAGUCACGAUGGACUGUCGUAUUCCUGUUACUGUUGAUCACGAGAAAUGGUUUGAAACUCUGCAGCGUUGGUGCAAAGAAGCUGGAAAGGAUGUAGCCAUGGAGAAUAGACCAUUGGCUCCUCUAGUUCAACCCACUAAAUUGGAUGAAUCCAACAAGUACUGGAUGACUUUCAAGAGCACCAUAGACAAGCUCGGUUUGAAGAUGACCCCGCGCAUCUUCCCAGGAGGAACGGACAGCCGUUACCUGAGGCAACUCGGGAUCCCCGCCCUCGGUUUCUCACCCAUCAACAAUACACCUGUCCUUUUGCACGACGACGACGAAUACUUGAACGCCGACGUCUUCCUCAAAGGCAUCGAGAUCUACUGCAAACUCGUCUCAGCUAUAUCCAACGUCGAUUCCGACUAGGAUCAAUAAUAAUUGCCAAUGAUCAGAAAGUGCUGAAUGCACACAAACACACACACAUCAUAAUGUAUGCAAUUGUUAUUAAUCUAUCUAUCUUUUUAGAAUGAGUGGCAAUUGGAUGUAUUAUAAACAUAUAUAUAUUAAGAAAAAGGUGAAUUGGAAACUGGGGGAACACAAAUUGAUUAAGAAUAAUAUUGUAUUGGAUUUAAUGGUGGAAGAGGAUUACUUGAUUAUUUUACCACUCGUUCUGUUCUGAAUUAUACACGUGAAGGAUCAAAAA